GGUCCCGCCACCCGCGCCCCUCUGUCCCCUCUCUCACCCACUUCGGUACCUGCAGCUUGGAGAGGGCGGGAGGUCGAUGAGCCUCAGGGACAGGGGGUCCAGCCUCGUGGGCUCCCCCUCCUCUCCUCCAUGGUUUGGGGAGUGGGCAGCUAAGAGGAUGGCUGAGACGACCACCGCAACCCCUGAGACACACAUGCUCCUGAAUGAGUACAGGGACUACCACAACUGGUCCGAGCUGUUCCAACUCCUGAACUACACCUACACCUUCUGUGAGUUCAGCCUGGAUGAGAACGUCAAGCGAGUGAUCCUCUUCAUCCUUUACCUGGCAAUCUUCGUGGUAGGCUUGGUGGAGAACCUACUUGUCAUCUGGGUCAACUGGCAGACACGGGGCAACAGGAGCUUGGUCAACCUCUACAUCAUCAACAUGGCCGUUGCCGACCUCGGAGUGCUGCUCUCGCUACCCAUCUGGAUGCUGGAGGUGAUGCUGGAUUACACCUGGCUCUGGGGCAGCUUCCUCUGCCGCUUCACACACUACUUCUACUUUGCCAACAUGUAUGCCAGCAUCUUCUUCCUCACCUGCCUGAGCGUGGAUCGCUAUGUGUCCCUGACCAGCUCCUCCCUCUUCUGGCGCAAGCACCAGCACCGCACACGCCGCAUCAUCUGUGCCUGCAUCUGGGUCUUGGCAGCAGCGAUCUCAUUCCUGGAGGUUGCUCACAUUCAGCUGGUCGACACUGGAGAGCCCAUGUGCAUCUUUGUGGCCCCCUUCGAGACUUAUGACGAGUGGGCGUUGGCAGUCAGCUUGGCCACCACCGCCAUUGGGUUCCUCAUCCCUUUCCCCAUCAUCACCGUUUUCAAUGUCCUGACAGCCAGGUUCAUCAAGUGCACCAAGCCGGAGAGCAGGAAGCACUGUCAGCUCAUCUAUGCCUACAUCGUGGUGUUCCUCAUCAGCUGGCUGCCCUUCCACAUCAUGCUUACACUGCUCAUCCUCGACAGCAACCACAUCAUCCUCCACUGCACCUUCGCCCACUUCCUCUACUUUUUCUACGACAUCAUAGACUGCUUCACCCUGCUCCACUGCGUGAUUAACCCAAUCCUCUACAACUUCCUGAGCAAAAAUUUCCGCAGCAAACUCAUCUCUGCUGUGGUUAAGUACAUCCCUAAAGACCAAGGCACCCAGAGGGGUGCAGACAAUUCCUCCUCCACCACGCAGCACUCUAUAGUCAUCACAAAGGACAAUAACCCUCCCAAUUAAGGGAGAUCAGACUCUCCCACUCAUCACUGGCAAGAGGUUGGCAGGAGCAGCUCUCUGAGGUCAGGAAGAUCAUUUUCCCUGGUGAUAAGCAGACACUUUGCUUUUAAACAGCUCCUUGCUGGCCCUCCCUGUUCUCUGAAGCCAGGGGCAGAGUGAAAAGUGAACUGCAGUGGUGUGGGGAGCUACAGACAGCUUGCUUCUGAUGUGCUGCUCUCGCACAUCUAUUUAACCUGAGAAAGAAUACAAGAAAGAGAUAUUUCCUGUUUUCCAAAAGAAACACUCGCCAUAAGAAAGCGUGUGACUCCUUCUGCUUGGAAGCCUGACAUAAACUCAGCCCCUGGACCCAACCCCCUCUCUCCCCAAGCUGCAGGUCUGGGGCACACAAUCUUUUCCUGUCACAUUUCUCUGCAGCCCAUGACCUCCCUGCACACCUCCCUGGACCCACCCCUGCAGAGGUGUUCGGUGAACGCCAUCCGUGAUGCCAUUCUGACUAGGACAGAGGGAAUUCAUCCCUUGGCCACAUGACCCACUCCUCCCCGUGCUCAGCAAAAAGCCACAAGCCUGAUUUUACAGACAUGAAGGCAAUGCAUCCCUGAGGGGCUGAGCCCAACAGACCCGAGUGGUGAUGAGGGGAGGAACAACUUGAGAGCAGCAACUCACUGAGAGCCAUUUUACCAACCCAGAAGUAUAUCAGUGAAACUGGGUUAAACUGGACAGGGCUGCUUCCAAACGCGACUGGCAGCAGCAGAUGUGGGGUUCCCAGUUUGUAUUUUUGUGUUUGCAGCUAGACACCCACCCCAGUCUUCUCUAGAGCAUCUCUUCACAGGUCUCUGUGCUGCUCCAGCAGCCUUGACAAGCACUCCCUUGCAAUCAAAGUUGCACUGAAGCAUUCCUCUGAGAACGCAAACGCCUGCAGAAACUCUCGGCGCUGGAGCAGGACUGGGAAUUUGGUUGCCCAAGGAACUGGAGCAUCCGGAGAAAGUUCAUCCCUGCCUGGAUUCUGCUCAGUCAUGUGCUGUGGGUCAAGCCCUCAGCACGGGAAGGUGAAAGAGUAACAGUUGCUGGGAGUCCAUAAAUCUACCAAAGGCCUUGAGCUGCUCAAGAAACACAUAUUUUAAAAAGCAAAGCAAAGCAAAUCUGGGGACAGGAUGCUGGCAGCACAGAGUGGUGGGGGAGCAGGAUGUCCCAGCUGUGGAGGAGUCCAGGACCGGGGUGAACUGGGACACGGGGUCACCAGGGUGGGGCUGGGAACAUGCUGCUGUGUCCUGAGAUGGGUAAACAAGGAACACUUCUGGGCUCCUUGUGCACAGAGAUGUUCCCCCUGACUGCCAGGGGACACCAGUGUUGGGAGAAAAAGCCAAAUUUGCCACUUACAUAGUAGUUUGUUCUGCAGCUGAUGACGAAGCCAGUCUCAUGUCCUUCAGGAUCUCUGCACUGACAUGGGACCUCAUCACCUCCCUCCUGGGCACAAUGUGCAGUGAACCCAAGCAGCCCCAACCUGGCCAGUGAAGGCGAAAGCAGCUUCACACUGACAUGACCCACAGCUCUGCUCCCAAGUCUUCCUGUAAAAAUCUGCCAUUGUCAACGAAGACGUGGAAGAUAAGCGCAUAGGAACAAGACACUUGAGGUGUGACAUAACCACGACAGGAAGAUAUUAAAUUUCAAGUUACUUAAACAUGUAAAUCUUGGUAUCUGACCUAUUAAACUUGUGUUUUUUUAACUUUC